AGACGAACAAGGAAGUUUGAAUCCAAAAAACAAGAUGUUCAACAUGCAAAAAUUGAUUUGCAUUGCGGUUGUGUUUCUAAUUACCUCCAGUCUUUCGAAGACGCGUCGAAUUGUAUUAGAUGAGCCUCCGACUGAGAAUUGGAUAAUGUACAUAGCUACGUCCCAAGAUAUUCCAGAAAACAAAUACAAAUGGCCAGUGGAAAACGAUCAAGGGCAGGUUGUCAUUGAUCUCGACAGUUCUAAAAGGAUGACAUUUGGUCCGUAUUCUACCUUGAAAGAUGCGAAGAGCAACAUAAUCUUGGGUAUGAUCUUUCCCUAUGGCAUGAGCUCUAAUUGGGAAGAUCGUUGGGUUCAAAGAAACACGACCGUUUUGCAUGCUAAAUGUCGAGAAUACAAUGGGUUGAAACCUUCGAUUCCUAAAAACGUUACUUUGGGACAAUAUAAGGAUAUACGUUACUCAAAAAUCGAAUGUUUCUUGAACAACAUUUCUAGGCCAUUCAUAGAGAGUCUUAUUCACCUAAGAUGGUUAGAUUUAGCGAACAACAAUAUUACUGAAAUUGAUCAGCAUGCGUUUGAUGAUUUGAUUGCAUUGGAAGAGUUAGUCUUAACCAGAAAUCCAAUAAGGUUCCUUCCUAAUGGACUAUUUUGUACCAUGCCCAAAUUGAAGACACUGAAGUUGGACAACUUAAACCUGACUGGAUUCCCAACCGAUGCGUUUCAUCCUAACAUAGACACAGCACACAACCAAUCCAAAGCGACAUGCCUGGGUAAUCUCCAAGAUCUUGAUUUUUCAAAUAAUAAAUUGAUUACCAUUUUAAAUGGUUCUUUUUCUGGAAUGGAUAUGCUGGUAAACCUUAAUCUUUUCAAUUGCUCCAUACAUACAUUGGGAGCGAAUGCUUUCGAUGGCUUAGCGAAUAUACAAAUUUUAAACCUUGAAGUGAACCUGAUAAAAGAAUUACCAGUAGACAUAUUUUCGAGGAUGUCCAAAUUAAACUCACUUGGACUCGGUGUGAACAACAUUACUCAUUUUUCUUUCGAUUUACUUGCGCAAUGUGAAGAGUUGGUAUUUGUUUACCUAGAGAUGAAUGGAAUGGAACGCCUAGGCGGAAGUAUUAUGAACAACACUCGGCUCGAAUUUCUAUCAUUGCAAGACAAUGCCAUCGGAUCUUCACCUUUUAAUGCGUUCUAUUCUAAUGAAGCAAAAUCUCUUGACCUAACCAAUUGUGAUAUAUCAACCAUUCAUCCAGAUGAUUUGUUCAUGCCAAAUCUAAUGGUAUUAAGAUUAAAUAGCAAUAACUUGACAUUUCUGGGAAACUACACAUUUCUUCAUCUAGGUAAUCUUAGAUUUUUGAACCUAACGAGCAAUAGCAUUGCAGAAUUUGGUGCACUAGCAUUUGCAGGUCUGAAACAACUUAAAUAUCUUUUGCUGGAUAACAAUAAUGUCAGCCAGAUUCCAUCUGGAUUUGUUAAAGAACUGCAAUCUUUGAAAUUCUUGUCACUGAGACAUAAUAAUAUUCUUAGCCUAGAUGGAACAAUGUUUGAAGGCAUUGGCUUGUUGGAAGAAAUAUACCUAAACAAUAACAUGAUUCAAAGAAUUGAAAGAGACACAUUCAAGCACUGUGGAUUGCUUAAAAAUAUUACACUUCAGUGGAAUCACAUAGAUACCAUACAAUAUGGUACAUUUGGACACAUACGCGACUCAUUAAAACUAAUAGAUCUGAAAGGGAACAACUUAAAUUCACUGCCAGAAAAUAUAUUCACAGGAUUUUUACAUUUACAUGGCAUCGAUCUCUCUCAUAACAAAAUCGCCAAUCUAUCUAGGAAUCUAGUUGAUGGUUGUUCAAGUUUGGAAGUAUUAAUUUUAAGUUACAAUCAGCUGAAAGUGUUCAACGUUUCAUUGGAGUCAAUGACUAAUUUAAGGGCAUUAAUUAUUAGGA